AUGGGGUCUGUAAUCAGUAGUAUGUGGACUACAUUGUUUGGCGAAGUACCAGUAUCACCGCCACCAGAACUCGAUUGUACUCUUCCAUUUCCAACAAAUACAGAUAUUGAGCACAGAAGUAAGGAUCGGUUAAGUAAAGAGAUUCAGGAUUUUUAUAUAGUAUUAAUAAAGAUAGUUCGUUUGAUAAUUCAUCUGUGUAUAAACGCGGGCCAACAGACCAUAUCAUCCGUCAAGAUCGGCUAACUAUCUACCAUCUACUCAGACGAAAUUGGGCGCGUAGCAUGCAUCUGCUUAAAAAUUGAUUUAGUGAUACUGGCUCUCUUACAACGCUGCCAUGCUGGGCAUUGAUUUUCAUGAUAAAAGCCUUUUUAGCCAUGUAAAUGUUUUAGCUGUAAAAUUAUUUUAUGCUGAGCAGAACCACAUACGCGGCGUGACGUCCAGGCACGCUAAUACAACCUUUGAGUCAUUGUUGUUAAUUAAACUUUAUAGAAUCAGUCGUUGGUGUUUCACAAUCGUCUUCCAUGUCAUGUGAAAGCAAGGAUCACAUAGCAUCACCACCAGAACUCAGCUUCACUCUCCCAACACAUAGUGAUCUUGGAAGUAAACCACAUGACUGAUCCAGUGAUGAGAUUCAGUCACAACUACCGACUGAUAUUCUGCUACUAACAGCAAACGAUCACGAGUUCUAUGCUUUAUACGCAUAUAUGAACGAUGUUCAACGAGGUAUUAAUUCAAAGCUAGAUAUUGUAGAUUUUGGUCGAUUUGGUGAUGAGAAUGAUCAGAAUGUGAAAGUUGCAUUAAUGAAAUCUGCGCAGGGACCAAUUGAGGCUCUGUUAGCUGUGAAAAAUGCUGCUGAAAUUCUAAAACCAAAAGUAAUCCUUUUUGUCGGGAUCUGUGCAACCAUGAGACCGAAGAAGGCAAAACUUGGCGACGUCAUAAUUUCCGCCAAAUUGGCGACUUAUGAUGAAACAAAAAUCAAGGAAGACAAGGUGGAGUAUCGCGGCUCUAAAUCGAAAGUUAGUCAAAAUAUGCAAAAAAGGAUUCGGCAUGCAACUGAUGGUUGGAAAGCACCAUUAAAAGACCCGAGUAGUUUAAAAGUCGAGGUUCAUCCUGACGCUGUGAUGUUAAGUGGCUCAGAUUUAGUCAAUAAUCGCGGAAGACGAGAAGAGUUAGCGGAAUAUUUUCAAGACGCACUCGGUCUUGAAAUGGAGGGUGCAGGUAGGUAGAAUUAAGCCUCAAAUAUCAUUCAAAUACUGCACACCGAUUAGGCUUGAAACCAGUGGGUAAAUUUGUCAACCUGUCAAAACACAUUCAAGACCGGGGAGCGAAAUUAUUAUGAGAGGCGUUUUCGAGCACGCAUGCGUCCCGUUUAACGCAAUUUUCUCAUACGUUCCUUAUUAAUUUUUUGUUUUUAGAGACGACGCUAGCACCACAUUUUUUACAAUAUACGGCCUCUAAAUUUUGUGUACUUACUAAUUUUGAGCUGCUUAUUUUAUUUCUGCAUAGUAUUGAGCGUGCUAACAUAAAAAAAUGUGACUUCAGGGAUGAAAAUGUUGCCAAUUCAAAAACUAUAUUUAUGUCAAAACUCACGUCUACAUUUUUGUGUUUACAUUUUAGGCCUAUAUGCAGCGGCGUCUGAUCUUAAAACGGAAUGGGCUGUUAUAAAAGCAGUGUCAGAUUUUGCUGAUGGAAGUAAAUCAUCAACAGAACCUUGGCAACCAUUUUCUAGUGCGAUGGCAGCAUCUGUUGUAUACAAUAUGUUCAAAUACCCUGUGUUGAUACAACACUGGCCUCACUACAACGCGGAAGACAUGAAAGGUAGUUAUUCUUUGUACCGGAACGAAACUAGAAUUUUUUAAAUACACUGUAUAAUUGUUCAUUUCUAACUUUGCCUUAAUUGUCGCCCCUGCACUAGGCAAUCCACCGACUUCACCGACUCCAAGUGUUUCCAUUGACCAGUUUCUUAAAAGUAUUGGUGGUACAACAGAAGGAACGGUAUAUAUCAACGCAACUUAAAUUUUAGUAUCAUUAUUUAUUCCAAAUUGGCUGAUUCAAUCCUUUCUUCCUUCACUUCUUUUCAUCCAAUUAUCGUACCAUCCUUCCUUUCAUCCAUUUAUCUUUGAAUAAUUUCAUCCUUCUUUUCAUCCAUUUAUCUUUGAAUAAUUUCAUCCUUCUUUUCAUCCAUUUAUCUUUGAAUAAUUUCAUCCUUCUUUUCAUCCAUUUAUCUUUGAAUCAUUUCAUCCUUCCUUUCAUCCAUUUAUCUUUGAAUAAUUUCAUCCUUCUUUUCAUCCAUUUAUCUUUGAAUCAUUUCUUUUCAUCCAUUUAUCUUUGAAUAAUUUCAUCUCUUUUAACCAUUCCAUUUAUCCAUCUAUUUCUCUCUUCUUUCACUCUUCUUUCCUUCAUUGCCUACUUAACUUUCGUUUUUCCUUCCUUCAUUCUUUAACAAAUUUCCUGAACUACUGGUAUCUCAUUUUAAUAACGUAAUAAUAUAUUAAUAACCUAUGUUUUCCUUAUAUUCAAAUGAGUAUAAUUUGUCCUUUCCCUGUUCACACUUUCUUUUCUUGAUGCUAUCUUUCUUCAUUUUUUCUCCAUCCUUUCUAACAACCAUCUAAGUUUUCUGUUUCCAUUUUCGUUUCCUUUCUUACUUUGUUACUUAUCAAACCUAAUAGAUCGGAACCUCGUAUUUUGUAUCUUUAGAAAAUGUACAAUGGUCGCACAAUUAAAUACUCAGCUUCAGGACGAAUUCACUCAUUUGAUGAACCUUGGGUUUAUGAUGGAACAGCGACAGAUAUUGCAAGUCGUUUUUCUGUGAAGGAGAACCAUUUUGAAACCGCUGAUCAGGCCAUUUACGCAGCAAUUCAAGAGUUAUUUAAACAACUCAAGGAAAAAAAAAUAAUUUAA